UCUCUCUUAUUUUUUUCAACUUUUUCUCUUAUUUCUUCUUUUUUCUUGCUUCAUGGUCUUGAUUCGACGGGAAAGUAAUACUGAGGACUACUCCAGUAAUACUAACAAACAUGGGUCUACGCCCACCAAUACUAAUGGUAAUGGGGGUCAAGACAACAACUACAACAGCAAUACGAAUCCCCUUCCUGUUGCCGUCAAUUAUCCUGUGGUUGUGGGAACAAACGUAAAUGGAUACCCUAUUGUUGGCACCGGCAAUAGUAACAAUCUUCCUGUCGUUGUCGGUAAAGACAGCAGCGGGCAGCUGAUUGGUACGAACGGUAAUGUCAUCCCCGUCACACCCGUUAUACCUAGCAACAAUGGUGGUGGAAACACUGCAAGUAAUGGUAACACUGCAAGUACUGGAAACUCUGCGGGCAAUGGCAACACUGCAGGUACUGUUGCUACUGGCGGAAAUAAUAGUCCUGUGGUUGCGAAUGUACCUUACAACAACAACAAUGUCCCUUACACCAACAAUGGAUAUUCUAAUACGAAUACAGGCUAUAGUAACAAUAGCGAAAUUGAGAGUGGACAACACAUGCCUACGAAAAUCAUCAUCAUUGUUUCGGUCAUUGGCGCUGUAGCGGUUCUAUCUGCCAUUGGAUUAUUCUUCUUUUGUAAGAAACGAAGAGAAAAGAAGAAGGAAAACAUGGCAAAUGCAUUCUUUGAAUUUUCGGUGGAUAAAACAAGUGAUAAACCAUCAAGGGUAGGGCCACUGAAGAAGAAGUUUCAAUCUAAUACUCCUGACAGUACAAUUUGAAAUUGCCUUUUUUAAACAAAAAACCAAAAUAAUGACCAGACAAUGUAUUUAUAUAUAAUAGUGCUACACUCCCCCCCAAUUAUUUCUCUCUCUCUAAUUUUCUCUCUUUUUUUUUCUUUUAUUAUUAUUAUUCGCCCCAACAGUCAUUACCUCUCUUUUUUUAACUAUUUUUUAUACAUGUUGCAGAGAAAAGCACAAAAUUAAGCAGAUUGAUAAAUGCAGAUUUAUUUGUAAAUAUCGGAG